CAUAGGUGCGGAAACAAAGAUGGCGGAUGAGGAGAACCAGUUUGAAGUAUUUGAGCAGAUAGACUUUUUGAAAGACCGACAUGUCCGAUUCUUCCAGAGGACCCUGCAGGUGUUACCUGAGCGGUACGCUUCGUUGGAAACAACCCGGUUAUCUAUCCUAUUUUUUGCCCUGUCUGGUCUGGAUGUAUUGGAUGCCCUGGAUGUGGUUGAUAGUGACUUGAUGAUUGAGUGGAUAUACUCACAACAAGUUCUACCUACACAGGAUAAAUCCAACCUGAGCCGUUGUGGGUUUCGAGGGUCGUCGCAUAUUGGAGUUCCUUACAGCACUAAGGGUCCAGGUGUGCUCCAUCCAUACGACUGCGGCCACGUGGCCAUGACCUACACCGGACUGUGCUCGCUGUUGAUACUUGGAGAUGACCUGAGUCGGGUAAACAAAGAGGCCGUUCUGGCUGGUCUCAAAGUGCUGCAGCUCGAGGACGGCAGUUUCUAUGCCGUGCCAGAAGGAAGUGAGAAUGACAUCCGUUUCAUCUACUGUGCCGCUAGUAUCUGUUACAUGCUGGAUGACUGGUCGGGCAUGGACAUCCAGAAAGCCAUCGACUACAUUCGGGGAAGUUUGUCUUAUGACAAUGCAUUUGGCCAAGGAGCUGGAAGAGAGUCUCACGGUGGCUGGACGUACUGUGCCAUAGCCACCCUGUGUCUGAUGGGUCGGCUAGAGGAGGCUCUGAGUCAGCGGGAGCUAAACAGGAUCCGGCGCUGGUGCAUGAUGAGACAGCAGAGCGGUUUCCACGGACGUCCCAACAAACCUGUGGAUACAUGCUACUCCUUCUGGGUGGGAGCUACACUGGAGCUCUUGGAUGUGUUCCAGUACACAAACUUUGAGAAAAACAGGAGCUUCAUUCUGUCCACGCAGGACCGUUUGGUUGGUGGCUUCGCCAAGUGGCCUGACAGCCAUCCAGACCCUCUUCACGCCUAUUUGGGGCUGUGUGGCCUGUCUCUGAUCGGAGAGCCUGAUCUGAGGAAGGUCCACCCAGCUCUUAACAUCACCCAGAGAGCCUUUCAGCACCUCCAGCAGCUGCAGCAGACAUGGAGGGACAACACUGGCAGCUGCAUCGGACACCUCUAAAAGCAAGACGACUUACAGCACUAACACUGAAACAGACCCGUCUGUCAGUUACCAGUCGAUGGUGGCUGGACUUCUGCUGCUUCUCAGAGAUGUUUGGCUGCUCAAGAAGUUCGAAUGGAUUGUAUGUGCAAGGAUCUAAACUCUGAGGACCUCAUUUAAAGUCCAUCUAAAGAAAUUUAUCUGUCGAGCAAUAUAUGCCACACCUCUUCGCUGCCUUUUUUUUUUAAACAAGUAGUUGUUGAUAAAGUUAUGCUGUGCAGUUUGUUAAAAUUCGAUAUAAUAAUGUGCCAUAAAGUGUAAUUCACUGGAGACUUGAACAAACAUCAGAUGCCUCCAUCUUUAGUUAAUGGCCUUUUUUUAAUCGCCAGACUUUUCUUCAGAGGUGCAUUGCUUUGCUUCCUUUUUUCUGCUUUGCUAACCUGGCUGGCGUUUCUAGCUGCACGUAGCUGGUGAACUUUUAAAACCGUUUUGACCCGAGCAAUGCAGUAAGCAGUGGGAACUGCAGACCUCUCGUUAUGCAUAAGGUCUUAAAGGGUCAAGACGUCUAGUGCCGCAGCAUUCUCAUUCACCGCUGCACACUUUAAUUUUCAGUCAAGAGAUUUAAAUAACAAUGAAAAAUAAUAUUGAUAGAAAAUAAAGGUGACCUUUUAUUGAACUUAAGCUAAAUCUACCUCAGGAGAAAUAUCAGCAGCUGAUUAUUUAGACUUAUUUAAAGAAGAUUUUGGUGAAGCCUUUUUAUUGGGAUUUUAUCAGACAGAGCAUCACUUAGUGGCUCAUUUAGAAAAAAAAACAAAAAUUUGUGGUCUGCUUUCGUAUUCUGGCCCCCCGCUGAGUCAGUACUAUCUAACAGCUGCAGGGCCUUAGUGGUAUGUCUCUAGCAGCUUUGCACACCUAAAAACAGAACUGUUUACCAAUCCUUCUUUGGAAUAGCUUAAACUCAUGUAGAUUGUAUAGAGAACGUCUAGAAACAUUAAUUUGAAGCUCUGAUCGCAGAUAAUCUUGGGAUUUAGGUCUGAACUUUGACUGGGACAUUCUAACGAACCGAAAUGCGUGGUUGCUCUGAUAAAUGUGGUCCUGUUAGUUGAGAUUGGCCCUAUUUUUUUUUUUUUUAAACUGGGUUACUUUUGAUUGGUAGUGUUGCAUUUUAUAUAGGGGUCAUAUUUUAGAUCUUUCUUUGUAAAAGAAUUUUGAAAACCAUGUAAUUUUCUUUCCACUCCACUAAAGUUUUAAUGCAACAACAUGUAAAACAACGUCAAGGAGUAUGAAUAAUUUUGCCGGGCGCAGAAUAUCUGCCCCCUUCAAUACGUAAAAAUAACAUGAAAUCUCUUCCUAUGAACAGCAGUAUGUUCAGCAGGCUCCUCAUGACCCCUGAACUGUACUCAUUCACCUGCUUCCUCACUCCCUGUGAGGUCAUAUCCAGGCGAGAAAGGUUAGACAAUGGCAUUAUAACCAGAGGAAACGUGUGCUUUGAACUCUUUGUGCUCUCAGUCCAGAAAAGAUGCAGGAUGAAAUAAAGAACAAUGACCAUGAUUGUACCUCCAUAUGUCAGGAAGCAAAACGAUCCCUUAUUUACCUCUAAAUACCAUCAGAACUCAACUGAUUUUCAUCUGUCUGCAUGAAGACGUGCAGGCUUUACUUCUAGUUUAGUCAGACUUCUCUGCAGGUGACGUGCUUUUGAGCUGAGGUCCAAAAUGGAGACCAUAACCCAGUAAAAAGAGUCUUCCAACCUCUCGUCUUUGCAUCAGUUUUCUGUCUUGCAGCAAGAAAAAUAUUUCUUGAUUUCGCACAUCGCUGCCUGAAGUGACAAUUUUUUUCUUAAUAAGGCCACAGUCUGAGCUAGCACCUGCUCCCCAAGUUGACACGUGAUCAGGAGAUGCUUUCAAAGCAUGUCAGUUGCUGCCGGUUUGCUUGCAGGACUUUUCUGCAUGCAGGCACACCUCUGACUGCAUAUAGAAAUCAUAUUAAACCUGGCUUUGCUUUGCCAAGCUAUCAGGAGAAGAGCAAAAAAGGGGGAGAUGAUGUGAGGAGAGGUAAAUGAAUAAAUAACGCUAGCCAUCUAUUAUUAAAAGUAAGCUGUUGGAGGCUGGAUUCUGCUCUUUGAAUCCAGCCCAAAUACUCGGCUUCAGUGUGAAAACAAACGUUUUCUCAACUCUGUAUUUUUUUGUGUGCAUUGAUAAAAAUCUUUUUCAAACGCUGUUACAGAUUUUCUUGAUAUAUAAUGCAUAGAAAUUGAGUUUGCGUUACCAGAAAAUAAUUUCAAAUUUCUUUCCCAUUUUGCAGAUGCUGGUGUGGGUCAGAAUAAAAUACGUGUAUUUUUAUUAUAACAUCUAACAUUGUUGUUUUUCUUACCUUUAAGCUAUAAGGCCUCAUCUCUUUAGUCAGAAAGCCGACUGCAGCACUGUAAGCAAUCAGGUUUCUUCUGGGUUUCCUGCUAAUAUAGUUCAGUUCGGCUUUUAUUUGUGUGUACAUAGAAGUAGUCACCUGGUGAAGCCACUUUUUCCAGCUUGCCUCUUUACUGUGCCUAAUGAAUUGUUUUCAGUCGAUGCUCUUUUAAUGCUUUGCUAUCUUUUGUUUUUCAUGUCUAAUUUAGGUUUGGCUUGGAUCCUCAUUAAAUAAAGCAGUGAAUAUCAAUUUAACCUAAAAAGGAAGAAGGAAGACGCCAUUUUAGAUUCAGAUCUAGAGAAGGAAUAUUGCAUUGAUGAUGUCCAAAAUGAACUCGCUUGCAAGAUCAGAUAUAAAUUUACUUGUUUCUGGUUGAUACCGUCCAGAAAGACGUAAGGAUUUAGUUGGACAGGACGCUCCUAUUACACUGCAGAUGAGGCCCUCAGCUGAACUGCAUGAAAAGAAGACACCACUGCUUUGUUCUUCUGAAAACUGAAAGAUUGUGCAAGAGAUGCAGCCAUAACACCACAUGCCGUUUAUGAAGCACUGCUAUACAUACUGUAAUAAGUCAUGUAACAAAAAUCGUUUAUUUUUUCUAUCCUAUCUAGAAAUGUUAGUGUAGAUAUAUGUAAAUGUCUAUAAAUAUGUGACUUCUGCUGGGCAACUGAACAUUAAGUGUUUACAUCAGAAGAACUGGACCUGCAGGUGUUGGUAUGUGAUGUGUUCCUGUUGUGCAGUUUUUCCGUUCAGACACAGUGAUGCUGAUUCUCGCUUGGCACGGAAAUUGUAUUUAUGAUAAAUAAAAUGUGUACGAACUUUGA